CUACGCAAAACAUUCACCACGCACUUUGUUUUAACAUGCUAUCUUUAAAAGUAGCCACUUCAUUUGAAAAAUAAUCGUUCUACCAACAGGUCUGCCAUUACAAAUUGAGAAUUAUAAUGAAGUAUUGUUGUUUGAUUGUUUUCAUCUUUUGCACAAUUUUGUCAAAUGCCGGCAUUAUUUCUGGAAUAUGCAUCGGUACCUGUGGAACAAAAGGUGUUCCAUGUAAAGAAACUUUCGGGUCUAAUUGGACGUAUAACGGAAAAUGCUGCGAUGACCGACCAUGUUGCAAAUUUUUAAAAGCGCCAUGUGUUCCAGAAACUUGCCCAAAAGGGUUCAAGCUAUUAUCAAACCAAACAAGUAGUGUUAAUUGUUAUUACACUAGUGGUCAUAAGCAAGUUAACUGGAAUACAGCUGCGGAUAAUUGUGCCUCGACAGAUGGUGCCUACCUGUGGAGACCGAACACUGAACAAGAAGCCAAUGCUGUUCAAAAUGAAUUGAAUAUUCAUGAAGAUGUAUGGACUGGUGCAAAUGAUAUAGACAACGACGGAAACUUUACAUUUGCCAUAGAAAAUGGUUCAUUAUCAUUUAAUGAUCUCCCAUUUGGAGAGGGUAAACUUUAUGAUAAUUUAGCAAAAGUAUAUACACCAUACGUCGAUGAGACAGCAAACAAACAACACAAAAGAAGCGUCAUGCAGAGGACAGUACAUGGUGUCCAACAAUAUAUGUGUAUAGAAAGGUGGACAAAAAACGUAAAAGAUUAAUAUUGUUCAGUACUUGUCCAUUUAGUCUAUAACAUGAUAAAAAAAUGGGAACGAGUAGUUAUUUUCCGAAGGUGACCUACCGAAUUAGACUGAACUACAAACUUGUACUUACAUUUACAACCCAACAUGUGUCACUAGUUGGGCAGAAUCUUCUCACCCUUGCAGAGUACCUGAUAUCACCGCUUGUUUUUAUAUGUUAUAUUUCGUUUACUUUUAUUUUCUUUUGGUAGAAUUCCGUUUUUUUCUAUGGCAUUGUGAAUAGAUAUAAGAAGAUAGAUAUAUUAAAGUGUCAAUGAAACAACUCUCCAGCCAAACCACAUCAUAGGUCAAAUAACUGUCUUCAACACGGAGCAUUUGCUCACUCCAAACAAUAAGUAAUACAGUUUGUUUUCGACUAAUGGAUUUAAAAAACAAUCGUUUUGUAUAUUUUUUUAUUUUUUUUGGUUUUUUCUAAUGCAAUCAAAAUACGAAUUAACUCUUAAAAUGGUAUCAAUGAAUUGG